AUGCCUAUCAUCCGAACCCUUUUUCACUCCUUACAACCCCUGCUGUACGGAGCACGGGUGCCAGACGGCCAGGAGCUGCCGGUGCUCUUCCGCUCACCCGCUGCCAUGCGAGACGGCCAGGAGCUGCCGGUGUUAUUCCGCACACCCGCUGCCAUGCACAUGGGGGAGGGGGAGCAUACAGCAGAGAGAGAUGGGGGAGGGUGGCAGGGAGGGAGGGGUGAGAGAAGGGCGGAGCGAAUGGGGGAGGAAAUGGGGCGGCAAGGGGUGGCGGGGGAGCAAAGGGCAGAGGAGCGAGGGGUGGAGGAGCGAGGGGAGCAGGUGUUGGCGGAUUUAAACGAGCUGGCGGACUAUUAUGGUGAUGCCUCGUGGCCUUCACUGCACCCCCUGCUACUGCCUGCUUGUGCUCCACCCACCCUUGCUUGGUACGUGAGGCUAGUGGAGUGCAAGCACAGGGUGAUGAGGAGGCGCGUCCACAUUCCACAGGAAGGGGAGGCAGGGAUGCUGGUGGGGGGGGAGGAGGGCGAGGAGGGCGCGGAGGGAGGGGAGGAGGAGGUAUUGCGGAGUGAGGAGGAGGGGGUGGUGGUGGCUGUGUCUCGCACCAAGGACUGGCGAUACCUCACUCUCAACCUCAACACCCGCAUCUCUUCACAGGUCCAUCUGUUAGACGCGCACCACCCCACAGCACCCCCUUGGCUGCUGCAGCGGCGGCGGGAGGGCGAGCAGUGCUGGCAGGUGAACAUUGAGACGUCUGAGAACCUCACAUUCUUGAGUCGCCCCCUUUCUCCCUCUCUCUCCACUCACACUCACUCCUUCCUCCCCCUGCCUGUGCACUGCUGCCCUCAUUUGCUCAUCCCCUCAACCCACCAGAGCCUGGCGAUCAGAGUGAAAGGGUGGGACAUCCGGCCAUCAGACAUUGUCAUAUCAGACAUAGAGGUGUUCCGACACUGCCUCGCCGUGCACUGUCUCGUGCACUCCCUGCCGCACCUGCUGCUGCUGCCCCUUCCCCUCUCACCAGAGGGCGGAGUGGGAAGAGAGGAGGGUGGUGUGGGAGGGAAGGGGUGGAGAGGAGAGGAGGAGGGGAGGAGGGAAGUGGAGGUGUGGGCGAGGGCAGUGCAGCUGCCGGAGAGCGUGUGCCAUGUGGUGGCAGGGGGCAACCAGGACUACCAUGCUACCACUCUCCGCAUCAUGGUGUCGUCCCCUGUUGUGAGCCGGGUGCGAGGUGCACAUGCUCUCUGGCACCCUCUCAGUGUUGCACCAAGAGCCGUACUGCCGCCACCAACCCCUCCUCCAGCAGCAGCAGCAGCAGCAGCAGCAGCAGCAGCAGCAGCAGCAGCAGCAGCAGCAGCAGCAGCAGCAGCAGCAGCAGCAGCAGCAGCAGCAGCAGCAGCAGCAGCAGCAGCAGCAGCAGCAGCAGCAGCAGCAGCAGCAGCAGCAGCAGCAGCAGCAGCAGCAGCAGCAGCAGCAGCAGCAGCAGCAGCAGCAGCAGCAGCAGCAGCAGCAGCAGCAGCAGCAGCAGCAGCAGCAGCAGCAGCAGCAGCAGCAGCAGCAGCAGCAGCAGCAGCAGCAGCAGCAGCAGCAGCAGCAGCAGCAGCAGCAGCAGCAGCAGCAGCAGCAGCAGCAGCAGCAGCAGCAGCAGCAGCAGCAGCAGCAGCAGCAGCAGCAGCAGCAGCAGCAGCAGCAGCAGCAGCAGCAGCAGCAGCAGCAGCAAGCAGCAGCAGCAGCAGCAGCAGCAGCAGCAGCAGGCAGCAGCAGCAGCAGCAGCAGCAGCAGCAGCAGCAGCAGCAGCAGCAGCAGCAGCAGCAGCAGCAGCAGCAGCAGCAGCAGCAGCAGCAGCAGCAGCAGCAGCAGCAGCAGCAGCAGCAGCAGCAGCAGCAGCAGCAGCAGCAGUCACACCCAUGCAAUCACUCCCCAUCAACCCCACCUCUCCACCCCCCCAGCCCUCCCCUGCCCCUCUCCCGCGUGCCCGGGCUCAUCUGUCAACGCCUCUGGGUACCAUCCCCCAAUGGCCCACCCAUACCGCUCACCCUCAUCCACCACACCAGCAGGCACAGAGACAGCCAGGGCCCGGCGCUACUAGAGGGGUACGGCGCGUAUGGGGAGGUGACGGCAGCCGAGUGGGUGCCCCACCGCCUGCCUCUGCUGCACCGCGGGUGGGUCCUUGCCCUAGCGCACACCAGAGGAGGGGGCGAGCUGGGGCGAGCAUGGCACGAGGCGGGGCGGGGGGAGAGGAAGGGGCGGGCGGUGGGGGAUUUGAGGGCGUGUGCUGAGUAUUUGAUUGGGGAGGGGUGGGCAGGGAGGGGCGAGGGGCGGGCGAGGGGGAGCAGUGCAGGAGGGUUUCUGGUUGAUGCUGCUGUGAAUACUGAUCCUGGUCUCUUCCGAGCGAUCGUGCUGGAUGUGAGUGUGACUGCAGCGGAAGCGUCUUUGCCCCCACCCCUCGUUCCAUCCGUGAUUUUCUUCCAUCCAUGUGCUGCCGCUCACUCACUCUCCCCACCUCUCACUAGGCUGUCGCUCACCAACCCGCACCUCCUCUCGCACCCUCUCCCGGCCACAGGUGCCAUUCCUGGACGCCCUCACCUCAAUGAGCAACCCUGCCCUGCCGCUCACAGCGCUAGACCGCCACGAGUGGGGCGACCCUCUUCCCUAUGCACCCUCACCUCCUCUUCCCCCGUCCCCACCUUCGUCCAGGUGCCAUUCCUGGACGCCCUCACCUCCAUGAGCAACCCCGCUCUGCCGCUCACAGCACUGGACCGCCAUGAGUGGGGCGACCCCCUCGCCUGCCCCUCCGCCUUCCAUGCCCUGAGAGCUCUCUGCCCCGUGCUGAACGUGCAACCAGGGGUCAAGUACCCUGCUGCCCUGCUCUCUGCUGCUCUCCACGACUCCAGAGUGGGCCCAUGGGAGGCAUUAAAGUGGGCAGCCAAGGUGAGAGCAGAGAGCGACUACUGUGAGAGGGAGCGGCCUGUACUGGUGCGCGUGUGGGGGGACAGAGGGCACGUGGCACCAUGCAGUGGCAGGGAGCAGAUGGAAGAUGUGGCUUUGGAGCAUGCCUUCCUGCUGCACCACGUUGGGGGGGGAGAGCAAACACUGGAGCAACUGGAGGAUGUGGCUCUGGAGCAUGCCUUCCUGCUGCACUAUGUUGGUGCGGACUGCUAA